AUGAAGCCAACGUUAAGAUUUUGGGGAAGGAGGCACGCCGGGGGAGGCCCCGUCCCUCUUCUAAGGAACCCGGUCAAGCGUUGGUUACACCUUUUGAUAUUCCUACAUCUUGUCCUCUUACUUCUAUCUUGUUGCACAAUUAGCUUCCCGUUUAUAUACGAUUUGCAUUGCUCAAUACUCUUUAAUUCAUUGGCCCAUAUAAUCGCUUCAGCCGUAGGAUCUUUUGUCAUGGCCGCCUACUAUACGGCCAUUGCUGCGAGGGACUGGGGCACAGAAGUGGAAUGGGCAACGACGGCUAUAAUAACGUGCUCUAUGGUUGUUGUUGACAUAAUUAUCAGCGGUUGGGGAAUAUACGCUCUCAGCAAUGCCUCCCUCAAAAUAUACCGGGCUCUAUACAAUGAUCUGGAAUUAGAACCUGAAUGUUUGCAAACAAAGGCAGCUUCCGUUUUUGUUGUCGCAUUCGCUGUCAUAUGUGCCCACCUUGUUGUAGCGGGAAUAUGUGCUGUAGUAUCCGUACUGCUAAGUAAGGGGAUAAAACGACAACUGUUGGAACUGAGGGACAUCUACUGA